AUGAAGAGUGUGCAAUUGCCCUUUGAAAAUGAAGACGGUGAUGUUCAACUAAAUGAGAAACUAGAACUUGUGGGGAGAAGAAAAACUAGAAGUUUUAAAUCCAUCUAUCUUCCUCUAUUGAUAAUAGGUGUUUUUUCAUUAUCCCUUUUUUCAUUCCAAAGAUUUCAAUCUCUUGAGAAGUCUCUGAAUACACAGUCAGGUGAAUUCCCAAAAGGUGCUAAAGAAACUUUUGAAAUCCAAUUACCUAUUUUAUAUGAAAACUUGGUUCAUGAACAACAUUUACUUGAUUAUUCAUUUGGUAAUUCAUGGGGUAUACCUGCUAAAACUUCUUUCAAACCUGAGAUUGAACCUUCAAAAUUCAAUAGAGUUGUUCUUACUUUGAACACAACAGUGGAUGGUGUUCAAUAUGAUAGAUUAGCUCAUGUUUUCAUUGAUGAUUUCCCAGUGUGGAGAACUUCAACUGCUGAGCCAGGUAAUGAUUUAAUUUUUUCAUCAUCAAGUAAAGAUGUUUCAAAAUAUCUAUCACUUUUCCAGAAGGAUGAAGUCGACUUAACUUUCCAAUUGGAUAAUUUAGUUAGGGGAAGAUUGAAUGGUGCUUUCAACACAACUUUAUCAUUAAAAUAUUAUUUUGAAGAUGAUGAAAUCUUGGAUGAGGGACCAUCUGCAUAUUUCCAAGUUUCAAAUAAACCUGCUCAAAAAGUUACAAAACUAUAUAAGCCAUACCCAAAGAAAACUCCAUUGUUGUACUAUCCAAGUGAUAAAUUAGAAUUCACAGUACCAGUAAUUGAACAAAACACAACUAGUUUAAAAUUGGAAUUAUAUAUAUCUGGUAAUGCAGCUGAAGAAUUUUGGUAUUCAAAUGUUUUGGACAAAUAUAAAGACAAAUUUAUAAACCAUGGUCAUGCAUUAUUAGGUCGUGGUCCUGUUCGUGUUGUGAACAUUUAUUUAGAUGAUGUCAAGAUCACUUCAUUAGCACCUGAACCUGUCAUUUUCUCCGGAGGUAUAUCACCAGCAUUAUGGAAACCAAUCAUCGGUGUUAAUGCAUUUGAUAUAAAAGCUUUAGAAAUCGAUUUAACUGCUUAUUUACCAAAUUUAUGGAAAACUGGAGGGAAACUAAAAAUUGAAGUAACAAAUGGUGAAAAAGAUGAUGGUAAAGUUGCUCAAAAUUGGAUUGCCGCAGCAAAUUUAUUACAUUGGGAAUCUGCAGAAAUUGAAUCAAGUUUUGGUGAAGUGGAAACUUUUGAUAAUAAAACAAGUUAUAAAUUUUUUGCUAUUGAAACUUCACCAGAUAAUUUAUUCCAAACUGUUGUUUCAAAUCAUACAGCUGAAAUUUACUCCAAUUUAACUUUUAAUUUAUACAAUGGCUCUCAAAUCCCAGUUAAAUUACACACAAUAUCUGGUGCAGGCUUUGCUAACUUCCAAACUUAUGCUAAAUAUGGUGAUUAUCAAUUCUUGAGUGCUGUGAAUACAAAUAAUUAUCAAACUAAAAUUUACUAUCAAGAUGAAUUAUUAACACAAUUGGAUAGAACAAAAGUUUUCCCAGUUGUUAUAAGUAUCUUAACUGAACCUGUUGUUGGUUAUGAUAUCACUUAUGAAGCUAAUAUAACUCAUGUUUAUCAAUCAAAUAUUAAAAUUGAUGAUGAAUUGGUUUAUAAAGUGAAAUCUGUUCAAAAUGGAACAUCCUUAUUCACAUUAUCACCAAACGGUAAUAGUGGGUUUGGUAGUACUGAUCAAAAAUUUAGUGCUAAAUUAACCGCACCAUAUCCAGAAUUGAAGAUUAAAGAAGUUGCCAAAGCUAUCAAUGGCUCAGUUGUGGAGAGAACACAUCUUGAAAGUGUUUCAGAUCAUGAAGAUGUUGGAGAAAUAACUGUUGAUGUCCUUGAGUUCCAACCAAUUGUUAAAGAGCUUAAUAAAUUGGUUUCUAAUGGUGAUUUAUCUUACGAAAUUGCCUUUGAUUUAGUUUUGAAGAUGUUUUCACAGUAUCAACUACUUCAAACAAUGGAUCGUCCAAUUAGAAGUGCUGAGGAAACUUAUAAUGGGCCUGUCCUUCCAAAUAUCUGUGCUAGAGUUGGAUCUAGGAUCAAGCCUUAUUGA